CGCUUCCCGGGGCCGGGCGUAAUUAGCCGCGGGCCGUAAUUAGCUCCCGGGCUGGCGUUUAGCGCUGAUGGCAAAGCCGCGUGUGUCCGGUCGCGGGGCCACCGCCCUGCCCCGGGGACAGCGGGGGGACAGCGGGGGGACAGGGCGGCUCCGGGUGGGCGCGGGGGGGUUUGGGGGGGCAGCUGGGGGUCCUCAUUGUCUCCUGUGUCCCCCUCCCACCCCCGACUCCCCUCCCCAGAUCCGGAGGCGCCGCCCGACCCCCGCCAACCUGGUCCUGAGCAGCGACCAAUCGUCCCCAGAGAUCGACGAGGACCGGCUGCCCAACCCCCUGCUCAAGUCGGGUCUGUCCAUGUCCCCCCGGCAGAGGAAGAAGGUUUCCCGCACCACCCCCACCAUGAAAGAGCUGCAGAUGAUGGUGGAGCAUCACUUGUGCAAGCGGGCGCAGGGCGAGGAGGAGGAGGAGGAGGAGGAAGAGGAGGAGGAGGAGCGGGAGGAGCAGGGGGAGGUGCCCCCCGGGCGCUGCCACCACGGGGACACCGCGCACAGCCACAGCCCCGGUGGGUCCUGUCCCCUGGCCACGCACCCGCCCGACCAGCGGACCCCCGGCGAUGGGACACCGAGGGCCGGGACCCCCAGGGGUGGGACCUCCAGAGCGGGGACCCCCAAGGCCGGGACCCCCAAGGCGGGGACCCCCCGUGACGGGACCCGCCGCGUGGACGCCCAUAUAGAGCCCCGGGGAGCGGCCAGCGGCCAGUAGGGGUGGCCACGGGGCCCGGACUCCGCCGGAGACGUUUUUUAUUCCAUUUUCUAAAGGUUUCGGGGCCGCCCAGGAUCGUUUGGGGUUUUUUGUUGGGUUUUUUUUUGUUGUUUUUUUUUUUUUUUACUGCCACGGGCAGGGCCCCUCCCCCACCACCCCGGGGGGGCGGUUUGGGGACAAGGACGAGCCUGUCCCCUCCCCUCCCCCUGGGGACACCCGGGGGGCACCGGGGACACCGAACAGACCCCACCCCCCCCUCACCGCCACCCCCGAGGACCUCAGGGCAGGUGACACCUCGGGUGUCCCCCCCCUCAGUGCCACCCCCCAGGGCAGGUGACACUGGGGACACCGAGCAGGGGACACUGGGGACACCGAGUAGACCCCACCCCCUCACUGCCACCCCCAGGGACCUCAGGGCAGGCGACACCUCGUGUGUCCCCCCCGUUCACUGCCACCCCCAGGGCAGGGGACACCGGGGACACCGAGCAGACCCCACCCCCUCACCGCCACCCCCAGGGCAGGGGACAUUGGGGCCACCGAGCAGACCCCACCCCCUCACCGCCACCCCCGGGGACCUCAGGGCAGGUGACACCUCGUGUGUCCCCCCCCUUCACUGCCACCCCCAGGGCAGGGGACACCGGGGACACGGAGCAGACCCCACCCCCCCUGCAAUGCCAUCCCCGGGGACCUCAGGGCAGGUGACACCUCAUGUGUCCCCCCCCUCACUGCCACCCCCGGGGCAGGUGACACCAGGGACACCGAGCAGACCCCACCCCCUCAGUGCCACCCCCCAGGGCAGGGGACACUGGGGACACAGAGCAGACCCCACCCUCUCACUGCCACCCCCGGGGUCCCCAAGACAAGUGACACGUCCCUGCCCCUCCUCGGCCACCUCGAAGGUCCCCAGGGCAGGUGACACCCCGCGUGUCCCCCCCCUCACUGCCACCCCCGGGGUUGGUGACACCGGGGACACCGAGCAGACUCCAUCCCCUCAGUGCCACCCCCCAGGUGACAGGUGACACCCUGUGUGUCCCCCCUCCCUCACCGCCACCCCCGGGGUUGGUGACACCGGGGACACCGAGCAGACCCCACCCCACCCUCACUGCCACCCCUGGGGACACUGUACAGCCCCCCCCUCACUGCCACUCCCGGGGCAGGUGACACCCCGUGUGUCCCCCCCUCACCGCCACCCCCAGGUGACAGGUGACACCGGGGACACCGAGCAGACCCCACCCCCCUCACUACCACCCCUGGGGACACUGCACAGCCCCCCCCUCACUGAGACCCCCGAGGUGUCCCCAGGGCCACCCCGCUGUCCCCCUCAC